AUGGAUGAUAAUUCAAAACAUGAAGGUUAUAUUAAUGAAGAUAAUUGUGAAAAAUUAAAAAACAAAGCAAAUAAUCCAAAUUAUAACAGAAAUAAUAAUAACAAUGUAACAAAAUAUGAUAAUAUGGAAGAAGGGAAUUAUAAUUUUGUCGAUAAUACAAAAAAUCUUGAAAAAAUGAACAUUCCACUGAAUAAGGGGUUAAAUGAAAACUCACAAAUAAACCAACUUGAUAAUAAUAAACCAAAUAAAAGAAAAAAAAGGACAAAAAAAUGUAAUGAUAAUAAAGAAUUGUUUAAACCUUCAAAUCAAAUGGUUAGGAUAAAUUAUUUAUUACAAGCAUCAUUCCUAAUUAAUAAAUUUAGUCCUAAUUUAUCAAGAAAAUAUAUUAAAACAAUGAGAAGACUUUCCAAUAAAUUUUUAAUAAAAUAUGAUAAAAAUUUUAAAAAGCUAUUUUGUAAAAAAUGUAAUUCAGUUUUUAUUCCCAAUGUUACUUGUGAUACAUUUGUUAACUCAUUGAAUAUACAAAAAAAAAAUAAAAAGAAUAUUGUUAAAGAUUCUAUAAAUAAAAAUGUAAAGCAGCGAGACGAAUGUUUAGUAUCAUAUCAGUGUAAUCAUUGCCAACACAUCACCAAAUUUGUUUAUGAAACUACUCCACCAGUUCCUAUUGAAAAUGAGAAUCCCACAACAGUAUAA